UUCCUUAAAAAAAAAAAGAAAAAAAGAAGUUACCAGACUUCCAUUCCAUUACUGCAAAGCUCCAUACUUGUCGUUUAGGCCAUCGAUGAUCGAUUCCGAUUCGAUCCGAAAUCCUUGAUUUACUACACUUCAAUGGCAAAUGGAAUUGCCCUUUGGGCUUGGAUUUCUGCUACAGUAGCCCUACUUCUUCGAUUCGUUUGGCACGUAAUCAAUGGCAGAAGGAGCAGGAAACGAGCCGUGGGGUUCUUCCAUCCCUACACCAACGACGGCGGCGGAGGAGAGAGAGUUCUGUGGUGCGCCGUCAAGGCAUUUCAGGAGGAACUCCCCGACCUUGACUGCGUCGUCUACACCGGCGACCACGAUGCCUCGCCUCAGACCUUGAUGGCUCGAGCCCUUGACCGAUUCGGAGUCAAACUCAUUCAUCCACCUAAGGUGGUGCAUUUGUAUAAAAGGAAGUGGGUGGAAGAAACGACUUAUCCUCGGUUCACUAUGAUUGGGCAAAGCCUUGGUUCUGUAUACCUCUCUUGGGAAGCUUUGUGCAGUUUCACCCCUUUAUAUUAUUUUGAUACUAGUGGAUAUGCUUUUACAUAUCCACUUGCCCGGAUGUUUGGAUGCAAAGUUAUCUGCUAUACCCAUUAUCCUACGAUCAGUGUAGACAUGCUAUCUCGUGUUCGUGAUCAGAAUUCUAUGUACAACAAUGAUGCUUUGAUUGCUCGAAGUGUUUGGCUAUCAAGGAUCAAAAUCAUCUAUUACACUUUAUUCAGCUGGAUGUAUGGCUUUGUAGGAUCUUGUGCCCAUCUUGCUAUGGUUAACUCUUCAUGGACUCGGUCUCACAUUGAGAAGCUUUGGAAGAUCCCAGAUCGUACAAAGCGAGUCUAUCCUCCUUGUGAUACCUCUGGACUUCAGGUACUUCCUUUAGAAAGGUCAGCUAAGCCCCCCAAGAUUAUAUCCGUUGCUCAAUUUCGUCCAGAAAAGGCACACACUCUCCAACUUGAGGCCUUCUCAGUUGCAUUAGGAAGUCUAGAUGCCAACUUGCCAAGACCUAAGCUCCAGUUUGUCGGCAGUUGUCGUAAUAAAUCGGACGAGGAAAGACUACAAAAUUUGAAGAAUAGAGCAGUUGAACUGAAGGUGGACUCAGAUGUGGAAUUCCAUAAAAAUCUUACAUACAGGGAUCUGGUGAAACUUUUGGGAGGUGCCAUCGCCGGGAUUCAUUCCAUGACUGAUGAACACUUUGGCAUUAGCGUGGUAGAGUAUAUGGCUGCGGGCGCCAUCCCAAUUGCUCAUAAUUCUGCUGGCCCGAAGAUGGAUAUUGUUUUGGAAGAAGGUGGACUGCAAACCGGAUUUCUCGCCUGCACCGUGGAUGAAUAUGCAGACGCUAUUCUCAGUAUCAUUGAAAUGCCAGAGACCGAGAGGCUCAAGAUGGCUUCAGCAGCUAGGAGACGAGCUAGCAGAUUUUCGGAGCAAAGAUUUUUCGAAGAUUUCAAAGCUGCCAUACGACCAAUUCUAAACCAUGUGUCCAAAUGAUAGACAAACAACACAUACUGGCAUACAAAUACUCAGUUAAGGUAGAGCUAUUUAAUAGAGACGUUAUCUGCUUUUCAUGAUUUUGUGAUGGCGAGUACUUGGAUUGGUAAAUGAAGCUUUAUUAUUGGAGGUAAUAAGUAAUUGGGCAGUUCUGAUUUCCAACGUAUAAUUGAAGGAAGCGAAGAACAAGAACAACAGUUUUAUGUUCCGGAAAAAACGCGGGACAAAAAAAAGCCAAUAUCAACUUUUUCUCUCUGAAAAAACAUUUUAAUGUUGUGAUGCUCCCACUUUUAGCAAUUUUUU